AUGUCAGUUUGUGCACUCUGCAAACGACAACCAGGUUUCAUCGACCCGUAUACUGAUGUUCAGAAUGAAUUCUGCUCUGUCGCAUGUCAGAAAGAAGCCAUACAACAGCGUAAAGUCGACGCAUGUGUUGUAUGUAAUGCUAUGCCGCAGUUGCUCAUGCCAUUUGGACUAAGAAUUCAAUUUUGUGGAAAACGGUGUUGGAAUAACAACGGUGGUGCCAUUGGGCACAACGGUGGCGAUUUGAAGGUUAAGAAUAACGAAAACAUCAAUAAAUCUAGACAACCAGACGUAGUUGCACAAUAUCCGUCCAGUCCAGAGCCACAUACAAGAGCAAACGGUCUACCUUCACAUCCGCGACUAUCUCCAUCCAUACAACCAAUAAAUCGCUCACCAUCUCCAUCCAAAUAUCCUGAUCAACAAAAAUACUAUGCACAAAGCAGCAAUUCAUCCCCUGGUUUGGGGCCCACCAGAGACUCUGAUUUGAAAAACGGACCCAAAUCGGCGGCAAUAAAUGAUUUCGUUAGUGGAACCGGCUUCGCUAACGGAUUAAUUGGCGAUAUUGUUGAUGUAAAUGAAGAUAGUGAGACUAAUAACCUCACCGGAUCCUACACGGAAAACGCACCACCAAGUGGAGGCGUCGCUUUUGUAAAUAAUAUCAGAACCAUACUCCAGUCUCAGGAAAAUACUAGUGAUGAUAGUUCGUCGGAUGAUUCAGACUAUAGGAGGAAUAAGUCUAACAAGAACAGACAGAGAACAGAUGAAAAUAACGGCGGCGGGUUUUACGUGUCUACCCAAGAACCUUAUCCACCCGUAACGCAACACCGAGCACAUGCCGCAGUAUCACCACCACCUCAAUCACAACAAUCCUAUUCAUCUCAUCCUCCAUCGCAACAACACCCUCUUCCUCGUACUCCAAAUCCCCAACCUCAACAACCUUACUCGCCGCGUACUCAAGCUUCCCAAUCACAACAAUCCUUCUCAUCUCAAUCACAGCAACCUUACUCGCCGCGUACACAAGCUUCCCAAUCACAACAAUCCUUCUCAUCUCAAUCACAGCAACCUUACUCACCUCGUACUCAAGCUUCCCAAUCUCAACAAUCUUUCUCAUCUCAAUCACAGCAACCUUACUCACCUCGUACUCAAGCUUCCCAAUCUCAACAAUCCUUCUCAUCUCAAUCACAGCAACCUUACUCACAGCAACCUUACUCACAGCAAUCUCGUACUCAGGCUUCCCAACAACAAUCCUUCUCAUCUCAAUCACAGCAACCUUACUCACAGCCAUCUCGUACUCAGGCUUCCCAACAACAAUCCUUCUCACCUCAAUCGCAGCAACCUUACUCACCUCGUACUCAAGCUUCCCAAUUACAACAACCCUUCUCACCUCAAUCACAGCAAUCUCGCGCUCAAGCUUCCCAACAACAAUCCUUGUCUCGUGCUCCAACACCUCAAUCACAGCAAUCUCGUGCUCAAGCUUCCCAACAACAAUCUUUGUCUCGUGCUCCAACACCUCAAUCACAACAACUCUAUUUAUCUCGUACUCCAGUUCCCCAAUCGCAACAAUCAUACUCGCCUACUACUACAACUUCUCAAUUCCAACAACCAUACUCGCCUCGUGCUCAAAAUUCACAACCGCAACCCCAAACUGCCUCAAGACCUCCACCUCAGUAUCAAAACAAUUUGCCGUCAGGGCAGCCUGCAAAUGGACCUCAACAACCCAUGCAAAGGGGUCCAAAUAAUGUAGCACCAAAUCAAGCUGGACAGCAGCAAAAAGUUAAUCAGCAGCAAGCGGCUAAUGCGCAACAAAUUCAAAACGCCAAUGUGACAUCAAUAAUGGCAAAUUCCGGUAAAAUGGCCAUGAAGAUAUUCGGAAAUAAGCUUGCGAAAAAGGCCCAAAAGAAAAUGGCUGAAAAUGCUAGGAAAGUUGACAGUCCCAAUGGAAAUCCGAAUGUAAAUCCAAAUGCCAACCCAAAUGCAAAUCCGAAUGUAAAUCCGAAUGUAAAUCCCGAUGCACAGGCAAACGGAACUAGAGGGAGACGUGUGGAUACUGCUGCCGCUGUAGCCAAUCUUGCCUACAACGAGUACAGACAACACGCUUCUGAUUUCGCUCCGUCUCAAUUUGCUCAAUCGGUGAUUUCUCCCACGUCUUCUGUAUCGGAUGACGGUUCUGAAAGGAAUUCAAAUAAUAUUGAUUACGGUGCAGUUGCUAAUGUAUUAGGUCAGAACGCGUCUGAAACUUAUAGAUCAAUAUUCACAUCAAAUUAG